CGGAGGAUGCAGCAGGGUGGCCGUGUCUGUCGCUGAAACCUCAUCGCCAGGGGGGGUGGCUUUCGAAGCCGCUCUGUCUUUCUUCCUUUCUUCUAACGGCCCAGCACCCUCGUUUCCCCAAUUUCCAUGAAGGCGGAGCAGAGAAGCCCCUUCCCAACCUAACACUCCCGGUGCCCGGACUCGCACGGGACGCCUCCUCGGAAAGGGCAGGGGGAUGUGGAAAACAUUCUGGUUCCCUCCCCUUAAGGCUUCGGGCUUUCGCUUUCACUUCCUCCUCCGCGAGCCGCCAGAUCUCUGGGUGCUGGGCGGCCAUGGCGCUGCUGGACUUGUGCGGAGCCCCCCGAGGGCAGCGGGGGGACUGGGCUGUGCCCCUUGCGGGAAGCCGGCAGCGCUCGGACCCCGGCCACUACAGCUUCUCCCUGCGAUCUCCGGAGCUCGCCCUCCCCCGGGGCAUGCAGCCCACUGAAUUCUUCCGGUCCCUGGGUGGGAAUGGAGAAAGUAACGUGCAGAUCGAGAUGGCUCACGGCACGACCACACUGGCCUUCAAGUUCCAGCAUGGGGUGAUUGUGGCCGUGGAUUCUCGGGCCUCAGCUGGGAAUUACAUUUCCACAUUAAAGGUGAACAAGGUGAUUGAGAUUAACCCUUACCUGCUCGGCACCAUGUCCGGCUGUGCGGCUGACUGCCAGUACUGGGAGCGCCUGCUGGCCAAGGAGUGCAGGCUGUACUAUCUGCGGAAUGGGGAGCGUAUCUCCGUGUCGGCCGCCUCCAAGCUGCUCUCCAAUAUGAUGUGCCAGUACCGGGGCAUGGGCCUCUCCAUGGGCAGCAUGAUCUGUGGCUGGGACAAGAAGGGUCCUGGACUCUACUAUGUGGAUGAGAAUGGGACUCGACUCUCGGGAAACAUGUUCUCCACCGGUAGUGGGAACUCCCAUGCCUAUGGAGUCAUGGAUAGUGGCUAUCGACCUGACCUUAGUAUUGAAGAGGCCUAUGACCUGGGCCGAAGGGCAAUCGUUCAUGCCACCCACCGAGACAGCUAUUCUGGAGGCGUUGUCAAUAUGUACCACAUGAAGGAGGACGGCUGGGUGAAAGUGGAAAGUACAGACGUCAGUGACCUGAUGCACCAGUACCGGGAGGCCAGUCAGUAAUGGUGGCGGUGACCCACAGGCCUCCUCGGGGGAAGCCUGGCUGACUCAGGGACCUGGGCCGGAUCGCACUCUGGGAGAAGGCGGCCUGACCUGGCCCAGAGCCGGGGAACCAGUGGCCGCUGGAAGGCAGCACAGAGUUCAUCCCUUUGUGUAUUCUCUGUCUCAAUGAACGUCACCCCCACCCCAACAUCCUGGAUGCCCCGCUGAGCACAAUAAAGGAAAACGGUUAUAAAA